AACGUCCUGGCUCACCGUUGGGUCAGAUACGACCGAUUGCUUCCUGACAUUUCAUUUGUUCGGCCCAACAUAUCUACCGUGCGCAAGGGCUCGGCGUUGGCCGAAAGUGCGAAGCGGGGGACUGAGCAUUUACAAAGUCCGAGUUCCGGAGAUCUGCCGCAGCUGAGAAGGACCCCUCGCUACUUGGCUGUCCUACGAGUCAUUGAUAUUAAUAGCUCCGACGCACUCUUACAAAGAAGAAGAAAGUCAGAAAUACCAAGGCGGG